AUAACCGUGUCAUCCACCUAUCAAGUUCUUCUUCUAUUCUACGUUCCUACAAAAUUUGGGAAAUGGCUAAACUCCGUGCCUGGGUGAAGAAACACCUUUCUUCCAGCUCGGAUCCCAAGAAGCAGUCUAAAGACCAACUCCCAUUCCUUCCAUCUUCACGCCGUCCCGUCACGCCAACUUCAUUGAGUACACCAGGAUGUCUAUUCUUCCAACUCCCUGGCGAUAUUCGCACCAUGAUUCUCAAUUUGGCCUUUGGCAGGCGUACCCUUCACAUGGACAUUGUGCGCCGAGACGAAGCCUGGCAAUGGAGAGGCGCCAUUUGCCACCGAAACUUAGCAGGAGCACAGUCAUCUAUGCGAUACGGCUGGUACGGUCCAUGGAUCGAUUACUACACGUGGAACGCCUGUGGGUGCAAAGAGACACCUCCGGAAGAGUGCAACAUCGGCAUCAUGGGGUUCCUGCUGUCAUGUAAACAAGCCUACACCGAAGGCAUUGAUUUCCUGUACUCUACCAACACUAUCGACAUCCAGAGCACGCCUCUACUCCUCCACCUCCCCCAGCUUAUCUUAUCCAGCCGACUCGUAUGCAUCAAAUCUCUGGAGAUAGUCAUCUGGGCACAAAGUACCAAGUCAGACAACGACAAGCCAGCCACCACCGAAAAUCGCCUGGAGCCCAUUCUCAACAACAUCGCCACGCACUGCCACCAACUUCGCAGUCUCUGCAUUAGCUUUAUGGCGACGGACGAGAACUACAAGAAGAUUGAAACUCUACCAGCAUUACACCUCGUCGAUUCCUUCUACCGCUCCACGCACCUGCGCGACAUGAGAGUUGAAAUCCCCUAUAGAGGCUACUUCACAAUAGCCGCUGACAAGUCCACUGUGAAUCACCCGCGUGAAGCACCGACUACCGGACGGCUUCAGAGAUCGUUAUGGAGAUCAUUGGAUAACGGGGAGCCUGUGCUGCAGGAUAGGUCGCUUGAGCGGUAUCCGUUUCCGCCGCUGAGGGUGCCGGUAUUGGGGGAUGGGGAUGAGGAGAGCGCUGGAUACUGGCUUUUGCAGGGUGAUGAAGGACCUUAUGAGACUGUUAGAUGGUCGGGGUGUCCGGGGUAGUUGUAUACUACGCUUGGAAAAGUGGGUUGGUAUAGUAAUGGAACAUGUACAUAGCUGGGUUUAGAUGAUGUAAUGCGUACAGUAUUUGGCAG